AUGUUGCCAGCUCUGCCUCAGCUAUUCGCUGGCAUUCUUGGCAUAGCCUUAAACUAUGUAGCCACAUUUUACAUGCCAUCAACGCGAUUAUUACGAGAUCCAUUAGAAACUUUAACAACAGCAAUACCUCUAGUACUAGCAGGUCAUAUAAUCAUCUUGACCUUCAUGCUGUCAGUUGUAAAACGAUGCAGCUUUAAAACCACAGUGAUCUCAAUCGGUAAUGCGUUACUCGUGACAGCAGUGGGCACAGUUGUUCUUCACGGGUUUAUUGUAUUAUUUGGUGCUUCGCUCGUCGAAAAAUUCAAUCAUACACUUGCAUUUGCCGCCUAUUUAGCUGUCCUGGCACUAAUUCCUAGUUUUACUGCACUCUCACCGGCUGGUACGAGUGUUUGGACGAAGUGCUAUUUGCAACACAGCCCCACUACAGGAUCCGAGAUCUAUGCUUAUUCUCAAACGAUUUGCGCCCUGUCUGGUGCAUGGAUUGGGGCAAUCGUGCUUCCGUUGGAUUGGGAAAGAGAUUGGCAGGCAUGGCCUAUUUCAUGCGUGAUUUCAACCUAUUUGGGUCAUGCAGUGGGUGUUGCCACUGCAUUUGGUUGGUCUUCUUUCAAGCACAUACUUAACAAGAGGAAAAGUGAAUAA